AUUACUUAACCCGAGGUACCACUAUAUUGUGGUUGUAAUAUUGGUGGCUGUUUAAUAGUUGCAUGACACCUAAUUGUGGAAUAGCACCAUACAGAAAAAUGGAACACUGGUUUAUAUCCCUGGGUAGCUUUGAAAAUAAAAGUAUGUGAGUUUUGUUGCUGUGGACAUUUUAAGGCAGUGUUUUUAAAGUUUGUACUUUCAUAAAACCUUUUCCAAAUCUAUGUGCCUUUGGGUAUCUGCCCAGAACCCCUGUGUAUUGGGAAGGGUGUUUCACCCCGGAACACAUUCAUUUGGUGGUAACUGGUCAGACUUCUUUGGCCUUGCCAUCAUCCUGAGUGAAGUGGAAAUCACCCCAACCUUCUUUACAGCUGCACAUUUCAGGGCAAGAUUGGUAAUGAUGCAUAAACCAACUUUGUAAAGAAUCUUAAUGUCCUAGAAAGCCCUGAUAAGCGUCCAGGAAGCUCCAGGAUUUCAUAGAACACAGCUUGAAAACCACAGUGCUGAAGUGAUGUGGAAGGUUUGUCAAGUGGUGCGUAAGCUGAUGGCGCUGCUUGGACCAGAUAAUGAGAGCUGAGCUGGGGAGAAGUGCUGUGCUGAUCUUCUUGCGUGACACUGUACAAUGAGUUGUAGCUGCUGUGAUCGAUGCCAGCAGAAGCACAGUCCUUUGCACGGCUUUGGCACUCUCUCGGGCAAGAGAGACUUGACUGUCUGAAUUAGGUGCUUAAGUGGAGUCAACAGAGAAUGGAAACACUCCCUUGGCAAUGUCUCUGGGAAGACUCCUCCGACGUGCCUCUUCGAAAGCAUCUGACCUCCUGACCUUAAAUGCCAGCAGCAGCAGCAGUGGUGGCGGCUCGUCUUCCGUCUUGGAUGGGGGGAUUAUCUACUCCAAGAACAAUGUCUGUGUCCACCCACCUGAGAUGCUGCAAGGCAUCGUGGAGCAUCACCCAGGCUAUUUGUGCCUGUACAUGGAGAAAGAUGAGCUGCUUGGAACCACGCUUAUCUUGGCCUGGGUCCCAAAUUCCCGAAUUCAGAGGCAGGACGAGGAGGCCCUCCGCUACAUUACACCAGAGAGCUCCCCGGUCCGCAAGGCCCCCCGCAAGCGUAACCGCCAUACUCAGGGUUUUGGCGCCACUAUGCAGGCUUCCCCCUCCGAGCAGAAGCGAGCUGUGACCCCAAAGGAUGAAGAAGACGUUCUGACCGUGUCGCAGCUGGUUAGGGAUGUGGCUCACGUCAGCUGCCCUUCGGAGGAAGGGGAGAAGCUGUCCCAGGGUUGCUUGGCAACGGACAGCAUCCACAGCUCGGCUCAGCCUGCCCACAGUGACUCAGGUAUCUUAUCGACAAUCAGUUCUCUGGAGGAGCACAACCGGUUGGAGGAGUCAGUGGAAGAAGGGCUGGAGAGCCACCUGGAGACUGGAGAGGACGACGAGGGCUCUUUGGAGUUGUCUGCCGAUGAUGUCAGCAGAGACAGCACAUUUGACUCGGACUCUGAUGCCUUCUCUUCUCCAUUCUGCCUCUCACCCAUCAGUGAAGCCCUGGUGGAGAAUGUUGGCUCCAUGUUCCUGGUUAAUGAAAACAGUGCUCUUGUGCAGGAGUGGCUUGCCAUGUCUUCCUGUUCCUGCGCUUCAAAAUCUAGAUCUUAUACAACUUACCAUUCUGUGACAAACUGCAAGGCUGAUUUUCUAGGCGAACCGUGCGAAAGCCACAUGACUCGCUCAGCCAGCUCCAACUCAAGCCUUGAUCCCAACUCCCAGUUCCAAGAGAAUAACGUUCAAGUACAGACCUCCCGGUGGGAUGAGCAGCAGAAGGUGUUUGCCUUGGAACAGAUCUGUGGUGUCUUCAGAGUCGACCUGGGACAGAUGCGGUCUCUUCGCCUGUUUUUCAGUGAUGAGGCAUGCACCAGUGGGCAGCUGGUUGUUGCCAGCAGGGAAAGUCAGUACAAGAUUUUCCACUUUCACCACGGUGGCCUGGAUAAACUUUCCGAAGUGUUUCAGCAAUGGAAAUACUGCACAGAGACCCAUCUCAAAGACCAGCAGCUCACUGAUGUGAAGACCUGCAUGCAGUUCUCCAUCCGAAGGCCCAAGCUGCCCUCCUCGGAGACCCAUCCGGAGGAGAACGCUUACAAGCGCCUGGAUGUCUCUGCGUGGCUCCAUCAUCUAAAUGAGGCUGGGCAGGUGGAAGAAGAGUACAAGCUGAGGAAGGCUAUUUUCUUUGGUGGGAUCGAUGUCUCCAUCCGUGGUGAGGUCUGGCCUUUCUUGUUGCGCUACUACAGCUAUGAAUCCACUUCAGAGGAGAGGGAGGCGCUCCGAGUGCAGAAGAGAGAGGAAUACUUUGAGAUCCAGCAGAAAAGGCUCUCCCUGACACCGGAGGAGCAGAAGGCAUUCUGGCGGAAUGUGCAGUUCACAGUCGACAAAGAUGUGGUGAGGACGGACCGCAGCAACCAGUUUUUCCGAGGAGAGAACAACCCCAAUGUGGAAACAAUGAGGCGGAUCUUGCUGAACUAUGCAGUGUACAACCCUGCCAUUGGCUACUCCCAGGGGAUGUCUGACCUUGUUGCCCCACUUCUCGCGGAGGUCCUGGAUGAAUCGGAUACAUUCUGGUGCUUUGUGGGUUUGAUGCAGAACACGAUCUUCAUCAGUUCCCCUCGUGAUGAGGAUAUGGAGAAACAACUGAUGUACCUGCGAGAGCUGCUGCGGCUGAUGCACAUGCGCUUCUACCACCACCUGGUCUCCCUUGGGGAGGAUGGCCUUCAGAUGCUCUUCUGCCACCGCUGGAUCCUCCUCUGCUUUAAGCGUGAGUUUCCCGAUGCUGAGGCUCUGCGUAUAUGGGAAGCCUGCUGGGCUCACUACCAGACAGACUAUUUCCACCUCUUCAUCUGUGUGGCUAUUGUGGUGAUCUAUGGAGACGAUGUCAUCGAACAGCAAUUGGCCACUGACCAGAUGCUUCUCCACUUUGGGAAUCUGGCCAUGCACAUGAAUGGGGAGCUCAUACUCAGGAAGGCUAGAAGUUUGCUUUAUCAGUUCCGCCUGCUGCCUCGGAUCCCUUGCGGUCUGCAUGACCUGUGCAAACUCUGCGGGACAGGAAUGUGGGACAGUGGCUACAUCCCCGCUGUGGAGUGUACGGGGAACCACCCGGACUCGGAUAGCUGCCCUUAUGGAGGCAUGGUGGAUGAACCUUCUCCCAAGCCAGGGAACGAAAGCAGGAGGGGACUGAAAACACGGGAGGUCUUCGCUUUCCGGAAAUGACAUCUUCCUGGGGCUUGGGUGCCCAAAGACUGGAAGAGAAAUGGAAGCGAAACAACUUGGCGCAGUUGAGACGCACUCUCAGCAGACAUCAACAGGAGACAAGAGGAGGCAGAUGUUUCUCCUCAAUGUCCCAAAGGAGAUGGAUGAGUGGAUGGGAGAAGGAAGGAGAUGGCACCGAGUGGAAGAGUCUCCCUUGUGGUCAAAGCAAGAUCUUGAUGUGUGUCCUAUAUACCUGGAAGGGCGUUGCUCUGACUGUCCCGACUUUUGUUGUUGUUGUUGUUGCUUUACGGUUGGGAACAUUUUGAAGGGAGUGCACAAGGCUGAGCCUGGUGAAUCAAGAGUUCCAAGGGGCAAAAGGAUCCCCCCUCCUAACACACACACACACACACACACACACACACACACUGCUGCCAUAGGGGAAUGUAGAUGGCUUAAGACAAUGAGUCCACAACCAGCAACGCAGUAGAUGGAGGGGCAAUGCUACUCCAGCCCCUCCAUCCCAAACACACCCAUGCACCUGUGCACGCCCGUGUUGCUUUAACCAAAACACCAUGGCUCUCUGGCUUCAGCAUAAAGCCACGGUGAUCACUUGGAAUAUAGUCUGCCAAAAAACGAAAACAAUAAAAUUGCAAGCUUUUGGGCUUCCCCAGGGAAAUAAUCACAGUAUGUGUGUAUGUAUCCAAAGCUUGAUCACCAUAUUUUACAAAGCGCUUUAUUUUUAUUCUUUUCAUAUAUACACGACUUGUUUGCUGUAGGUCAAAAAUCAAAUUUUUGCAGUUACGGAAGUUGCAAUCCUCAAGUUCACUGUGAGUAUAAUAAAUUAUGCAAAAUCACA